AAGGAUUUGUUUAAUCGUGUAAUUUCACUCUGCAUUUACAUUACUAUUGCUUUGUGUUGCACGUGCUACUCUACUUUCAACAUGUGUCAAUUUCUUCUUUUCUUUCUUUUUUGCUUUCUUUUUUUCUAUCUAUCCCCUCAGAAUCUUUCAUUUAAACAGACCCCAUUGCUCACGUCGAAUAAAUUUACUUAUUUUUUAGAUUUCAAGCAAAUAAAACAUUUAACGUAAAUUGGGCUGUGAACCAAGGUUGUUAGUGACACUGAACCAGACGUUCAUUCAAAAUACACCUUUUAUUUCAAUCUGUAAAAGACAAUUGUACAUUUGUGUGAUGAUGGGAACCCUGAAUGAAAUUCUUCACUGUCAUGCAUUAAUUAAAUUCUCUCCCGUCUCUUCCUCAGCCCCCGUCCCCGCUCCUCCCCUCACUCACCCAAUGCUACUCAUCAUCCGUGACGUCAGAACGGCGAUGUGGAGCUGUCCUCACGCGGAGGGUGCUGCUGCUGCUGCUGCUGCUGAAACAAGAUGGCUGUGCGCUGAGGAGGAGCAGCGGAGGAGAGGAGGAGCAGAGCUGAGGCAAUGCAGAGGGGCAGCAGGAGGAAAACCGAGUGUUCCCCUCCUGCCGUGUGACACAGACCAACGUAUGCAGUGGCAGAAUGCUGCUGUCGCUGCCUUUACGUGUUAGUCUAACGUCUUGAACUGUGCAGCUUUCUCUCGUGUUCUUUUUGAAGCCAACUGCAACCAGGAGACUAACGGGCUGAGCAAACACAUCACGGAGCUCUCAGCAGAGGACAGCCGGGAACGCUCACAGCCUCACCGCACCGCUAACCAGAGAUGUCCCUGCUGUGUGUGGGAGUGAAGAAAGCCAAACUGGAUGGACCGCAAGAAAAGUUCAACACUUACGUGACGCUAAAAGUGCAAAAUGUGAAGAGCACAACCAUUGCUGUCAGGGGCAACCUGCCCAGCUGGGAGCAAGACUUCAUGUUCGAGAUUAACCGUCUGGACCUGGGUCUAACAGUCGAGGUGUGGAACAAAGGGUUAAUCUGGGACACGAUGGUCGGCAUGGUCUGGAUUCCCCUGCGUAGCAUCCGCCAAUCAAACGAGGAGGGUCCGGGGGAGUGGCUCACGCUUGAUUCUCAGGUUAUCAUGUCUGAUAAUGAGAUCUGCGGCACCAAAGAUCCCACACUGCACCUGGUGCUGCUCGACACGCGCUUCGAACUACCCCUCGAUAUCCCUGAGGACGAGGCUCGUUACUGGGCCAAGAAACUGGAGCAGCUGAACGCAAUGAGGGACCAAGAUUAUUCCUACCAGGAGGAACAAGAACGCCCCCUGCGUGUCCCAGGCACCCAGUGCUGUAACUGGAGCCUAUGGGGAGACCAACAGAAUGAGGAUCCAGACAGUGCUGUGGAUGACAGGGACAGUGACUAUCGCAGCGAAACCAGUAACAGCAUCCCUCCUCCCUUCUACAGUACAUCUCAGCCCAACGCCUCCGUCCACCAGUAUCCCAUCAGCCACCAGCACCGCAGCUCCAGAAGCUACUCUUACCCACGAUCGGGAAACAGCCACGAACUGGACUACCAUCAGAGGACGGUUAGCCCUACAGGGAGCUACGCAUCAUCUGCAGAGCUGAGUCGGUGCAGCAGUCAGCUGAGUGAGGAGGAUUACGGUGGAGAGUACGGCGAGAGGGACCCUUACGAUGAGAAUGACUCGUACCAUUCCUGCCAUUCCUCCGUUAGCUACAGUAAAGGCUCACCAGACUGGGAUCCUGAUGAGACCCAGGGUGUGUACAGUGAUGAAGGGGGUUACAUCAAAGAUGGAGGUGAGGAGGUGGCUCUGUACGAGGAAGAUGACGGGGGACUGUAUGAGGGUGAAGAAGACGGCCUUUAUGAGGAUGACGAGAUAAUGUAUGAUGAUGAGGAUUUGUACAAUCUGGAUGGGACCCUCAGCGAGGACACGGACCUGCCGUUCACUCCCACGCCGACAUCCACCGCCCCUGCCACGCUAGACGUACCAAGCUCCAGACCUCCGCUGGAGAAACAGUCCUCUGUCAACCAACAACAGCCUCCUACCCAGCCUUCUAAUCAAACAUCCAACCAGACUCACCCUCCCGGUGCAGCUCCAACAGCACAGCCAGCCUCUGGUCAACCAACACCACCUAAACAGGCUCAGACACAGCCUCCGCCCCAGUCAGCUCCUUCUGCUACGUCUUUUUUCUCAAUGGCCAAACCACUCACAGCUGCAGUCACAGGCCUGGCCUCUACCUUCCUGUCCUCAGUUCCCACUGCCCAACCUGCCCAACCCCACCCUCCAGCCUCAGCCGGCACUCAGCAGCACCAGUCUGCAGCAGCCAGCUGUGUCCCUCCGUCUCAUCCAGCCACCGUGGCCAACUCAACCUCUCAAUCCCCCUGCAACGCCGCGGCCCCUUCCUCCCAACAGACCCCGUCUUCAGCGCAGUCUCAAUCCCAACUAAAUGACUCUGCCGCCACACAGUCAGUUGCUCCCGAGGACCAGGAUCCGUACACAGAGGAGGAACAGUGGCCAGAAGAGGAGGGGAUGUUUGAGAAAGAAGCAGUGACUCCGCCAGCCCAGCCCGAGGAGAGCUUUGCACUCGUGGAGAAGAAAGAGGAACAAUUUGAAGAUGACAGACCUCAGACACCAACGGAGUCUGAAGAAGUGCCAGCAGAGAGCCCCCCAGUCCCAGAGGAACCCAAAACCCCAGUGGACCCAGCAGUCAGAGCCAAAGAAAACUGGCUAAGGCUGUACAACAAGGUGUUGGAGCAGCUACGAGAGGCUCGAGGAGAGACCUCCAGCUCCCUGUGGUUUGGUAAAGGAGGAAUGGGCGGUGCCCUCUACAGUAUUGACAGUAUGCCUGAUCUUCGCAAAAGAAAAGCCAUUCCACUCGUGCGAGAUUUGGCCAUGUCUCUGGUGCAGAAUUCCCGUAAAGCUGGAAUCACUUCAGCUAUGGCUUCUACCACUCUUGGAAAUGAAGAACUGAAGAGCCACGUCUAUAAAAAGACCCUGCAGGCCUUGAUCUACCCUAUCUCCUCCACCACCCCUCACAAUUUUGAGGUGUGGACCGCCACCACCCCCACCUACUGCUACGAAUGCGAGGGGUUGCUGUGGGGUAUCGCUCGACAAGGCAUGCGUUGCUCCGAGUGUGGCGUCAAAUGUCACGAAAAGUGUCAGGACCUUCUCAACGCCGACUGUCUGCAGAGAGCUGCAGAAAAGAGCUCCAAACACGGGGCGGAGGACCGAACUCAGAACAUCAUCAUGGUCCUGAAGGACCGCAUGAAGAUCAGAGAAAGAAACAAACCAGAGAUCUUUGAGUUGAUACAGGAAGUGUUUGCCCUGGAUAAGUCGACACACGGCACACAAAUGAAACAGAUCAAACAGAGCGUGUUGGACGGAACCUCCAAAUGGUCUGCGAAGAUCAGCAUCACAGUGGUGUGUGCUCAGGGCCUGCAGGCCAAAGACAAAACAGGCUCCAGCGACCCAUAUGUCACUGUUCAAGUGGGGAAAACCAAGAAGAGAACCAAGACCAUCUAUGGAAACCUCAACCCUGUGUGGGAAGAAAACUUCCAUUUCGAAUGUCACAACUCAUCCGACCGCAUCAAGGUCCGAGUGUGGGACGAGGAUGAUGACAUUAAAUCUCGCGUAAAACAGCGGUUCAAACGCGAGAGCGACGACUUCCUGGGUCAAACAAUCAUCGAGGUCCGAACGCUCAGCGGGGAGAUGGAUGUGUGGUACAACCUGGAUAAGAGAACAGAUAAGUCUGCCGUCUCAGGAGCCAUCAGGAUGCACAUAAGUGUGGAGAUCAAGGGAGAGGAGACAGUGGCGCCGUACCACGUCCAGUACACCUGUCUGCACGAGCACCUGUUCCAGUACACCACUGAGGAGCAGAAUGGAGGUGUAGUUAAAAUCCCUGAUGCUAAAGGGGACGAUGCCUGGAAGGUUUAUUUUGAAGAGACAGCUCAGGAGAUAGUGGAUGAGUUUGCUAUGAGAUACGGAGUGGAGUCCAUCUACCAGGCCAUGACCCACUUUGCGUGCUUAUCCUCCAAGUACAUGUGUCCAGGCGUGCCUGCAGUGAUGAGCACCCUGCUGGCCAACAUCAACGCCUACUACGCCCACACCACCCAGUCGUCCAACAAUGUUUCUGCUUCAGACAGAUUUGCCGCAUCGAACUUUGGUAAAGAGAGGUUUGUCAAACUGCUGGAUCAGUUACACAACUCCCUGAGGAUCGACCUGUCCAUGUACCGGAAUAACUUCCCAGCCAGCAGUCCUGAACGACUACAGGAUCUGAAGUCUACAGUUGAUCUCUUGACAAGCAUCACAUUCUUUAGAAUGAAAGUCCAGGAGCUGCAGAGUCCCCCGAGGGCAAGUCAGGUUGUGAAGGACUGUGUGAAAGCCUGUCUCAACUCCACCUACGAGUAUAUUUUCAACAACUGCCACGACCUUUACAACAGAGAAUAUCAGACGGACCCUUCUAAGGCAGUUCCUCCAGACGAGCAGGGACCCAGCGUCAAGAACCUGGACUUCUGGUCCAAACUCAUCACCCUCAUUGUUUCCAUCAUAGAAGAAGACAAAAACUCCUACACUCCUUGUCUUAAUCAGUUUCCUCAAGAGCUGAAUGUGGGAAAGAUAAGCGCGGAAGUCAUGUGGAAUAUGUUCGCACAAGAUAUGAAAUAUGCUAUGGAAGAGCAUGAGAAGCAUCGCUUGUGUAAAAGCGCAGAUUAUAUGAACCUGCACUUCAAAGUGAAGUGGCUCUAUAACGAGUACUGCAAGGAGCUGGUCACUUUCCAGAAGCACGUACCUGAAUAUCCGGCUUGGUUUGAACCAUUUGUCAUCAUGUGGUUGGAUGAAAAUGAAGAAGUCUCUAGAGAUUUCCUACACGGAGCCCUGGAGAGGGACAAAAAGGAUGGGUUCCAGGUCACGUCCGAACACGCUUUGUUCUCCUGCUCCGUCGUGGACGUCUUCUCUCAGCUCAAUCAAAGCUUUGAAAUCAUCCGCAAGCUGGAGUGCCCCGACCCACAGAUUGUGGGAAACUACAUGAAGAGGUUUGCCAAGACCAUUGGCAAUGUCCUGCUGUCUUACGCCGACAUCAUAGCAAAAGACUUCCCGAACCACGUCAAGAAAGAGAAAGUGCCAUGUAUCAUCAUCAAUAACAUCCAGCAGCUCAGAGUUCAGCUGGAGAAGAUGUUCGAGGCCAUGGGAGGCAAAGAUCUCAACGUGGAGGCCAGUGACUUCCUGAAGGAGCUGCAGAACAAGCUGAACAAUGUGAUGGAUGACCUCAGCCACAUUUUCUCCAUCAGUUUCCAGCCCCAGAUCACAGACAACGUCAGACAGAUGGGAGAUAUCCUGGCCCAGGUCAAAGGUCAGACGGUACCAGCCAAUGGCAGUGUGGUCCAGGAGGCUGACAAUGUUCUACAGCCCAUCAUGGACUUCCUGGACAGCAAUCUGUCGCUGUUUGCUAAAAUCUGUGAGAAGACUGUGUUGAAGAGAGUCCUGAAGGAGCUGUGGAAGCUGGUGAUGAACACCAUGGAAAAGACCAUCGUUCUUCCCACGCUCACGGAUCAGACGGGCACACAAAUGAUCUUCAACGCUGCCAAGGAACUGGGACAAUUGUCUAAGCUCAAGGAGCACAUGGGGCGGGAGGAGGCUAAAGCUCUGACGCCAAAACAGUGUGCAGUCAUAGAGCUGGCGCUGGACACUAUUAAGCAAUACUUCCACGCUGGUGGUGUGGGUCUGAAGAAAACCUUCUUGGAAAAGAGCCCAGACCUGCAGUCUCUGCGUUACGCCCUGUCUCUGUACACACAGGCCACCGACAAACUCAUCCGAAAGUUUGUCCUCUCGCAGAACGCACAGGUGCACGAAGGGAAGGGCAUCAGGUACACAGCCAAUGAGGACACGGCGCCAGAGAAAGCAUCUGGGCUGGAUUCAGUCGGUGACGUGGUCAUGAACGUGGAUAUCUUACCCCAACCUAACGGAGAACACAAGAUCAGCGUCAAAGUUAUAGCUGCAAACGACCUGAAGUGGAAGGCUCAGGGCUUCAGGCCUUUCGUGGAAGUGUACAUCAUCGGCCCCCACCUGAGUGACAAGAAGAGGAAAUUUGCCACAAAGUCCAAGAACAACAGCUGGUCUCCCAAGUUCAACGAGAGCUUCCAAUAUUCCCUGGGCACCGAGGUCGGUCCGGAGAGCUACGAGCUCCAGGUGUGUGUGAAGGACUACUGCUUUGCCAGAGAGGACCGCACCGUUGGCAUGGCCGUGCUGCAGGUGAAAGACAUCGCCAGCAAGAGCAGCGUCACCUGCUGGCUGCCUCUGGGCAGGCGCGUCCACAUGGACGAGACGGGCCUGACCGUGCUGCGCAUCCUCUCUCAGCGCAACAACGACGACGUGGCCAAGGAGUUUGUGAAGCUGAAGUCGGACCAGCGCUCGGCCGAGGAGGGACGCAGGACGCCGUGACUGAUGCUCCGUCCUUCUGUGUACCUGUGUCCUGCCUUGCCCCUCUACUGUCCCCUCUACUGUCCCCUCAUCUUGUCAUCAUGAUUUUUAAAAUCAAACACCGAUAGAAGAUCAGCUUUUCAUCGAAAUGGUUAAAAAAGCUGACCUGUCAUCAGUGUCCAGAGGAAAUAUCUGUGCUCCUCUGUCCCUGUUGUAGUCAACAAGGACUCCAGGGACCCUUUUUGUUCUUCUAUGUUUGCUUUACGUGACCCACUUACUGAACUCACUGACACAUGUAGAGUGCACAUUAAUUCCAAAAAAGGGCUACAGGAUCAGUGGACUGGGACGUCAGUUUACGCAUGCUGUCAGUGUUUCUGUCUGCAAAUGAUUUUCUCCACCUGCUCCGACACAGACAUCGUCACUCUGAAGAAGGAACUUGAACUUUAUGCCAUAAGAAAUCCACAGGGAGCCGAGGAGAGGCGUAUCACCUGAUUACCUGCAUGUACACUGUCAACCCAUGUGUUGAAGGCAAUAGCGGUUUGUGUGUGUGUGUGUGUGUGUGUGUGUGUGUUCACAGAACAUCCAAGCCUUUCUGAAGAACAAAUGUUCUGUGAACACUGCUGUGUGUGUGUGAAUGUGCAUGUCUUUGUAGGUGUGUGAGGGCAACUUUGGAGAGCAGGCCUCAGAGAGGGUCAGAGAGGUUUGGUUUGGGGUGAGGCCUUGAUGUAAGAUAGUAAAAGAAAUGACUGUCUUCAGAACUACAAGAAGUGAUGAUUGUGUGUGUCACAAAAUUGGUUUUAAGAUGAAGUGAGCAAUAUAUUGUUCCUGCAUACUCCAGAUGUUUGUGUCUUUGUUUUAUCUGCAGGAGCAUCCACUGGAAUACAGUGUAUUUGUAACACUGACAAAUGUGUGACGAGGAUAUAUGUUUUCUGUAUCACACAUUUUGGUUAAGAAAAGAAGGAACACGUUGAAUUUAGUUUGCCUUAAUUUGGACCAAAUGUGCACGAACAUUUUAUUGUUCUUUUUAAGAGAAAGAAGAAAAAAGCCAUGGGAGUUACUGUGAAGUAUUUGUGCUGUUUGAAUGUUAUUGGGGUCACGUGCUUAAAUGAAUCUGUGAUGGCAGCGAGUUAACAGUCGUGUGGCUCAUGUUUUGCGGUGAUGUGUAACUUUGAGAGGUCGGCCUCCCGCCGCCCCAUCGCUCGUCACAGCUGGCCCGUCGCGUGUUGUCUCGACUGAGUUUUGUUGAAUGUUAUACAAUACAAAUCCUCUAAAUGUUUGAGAUACUCAGCAGAGGCCAAUUAGUCAGCAUCAAAAAGAUGUCGCAGCAAAAAAAGAUGAGCUUUGGAACGCAGAUUAAUGCCUUUGGGUUCAGGCCUCCAAACCAAUGUGUCAUGGGAUUUGUUUGGUAUAUAAUUGUGAAAUAUAUUGUUGUAAAGAUGAGGUGAAUGUCCCUCCAUCAUUUGAGAAACAUUGACAGAAGAAAUACUACACAAAAGGCUGUUGUUCCAGGUCAGUUGGUAAAGUACAUCGAUGUACUUUAAUGUAAUUUGGAGUCUAGCUAUUUGUCCUUGUUCUUUGUGAAGACACGCAGGAAUUUAUUCAUGUUGCAUUGUACUUGUAAUAUUUGUGUAGAAUGUGCAGAGGUUAAAGGUCCUGCAGCUUGUCCCAUUAGUUUGCUGUGUUACAAACAGACAUAGUUUUUAAAAGGACAAGGGCGAGUAGUACCACUACAUCAGUUGUGGGUAAAAUGUUGUUGUUUUUUUCCCCAAAUGGUUCUCCAACAAGAGCGUUGUGGUCAGAUUUGUCCUUUAAACAACACUGACGGCACUCGGCAUUUCCACGCAUUGUCCUACCGUAGGCUCCAAAAGAGACACGACAUGUCGGGUAGAAGCUUAAAAAGCAACAAAGUAAUACAAAUUAUAUUAAGAAGCAUAGUUUUUAAAAAAGAUGACUCAUUAAACUCGAGGCUCGUCUGUCGCCCGCUUUCUGUAUUUACGCGAAACACUCGUACACACAUAAAAAAACCUUCCUGCCGAAGCACAAAAAGACAUGUAAGAAAACACACAUGCAUGCACGCACACGGACACAAGCCUGUGGAAACCGAUGACGCCCCACCCUGUGAAUAAGCAACCCACACUUGCAUGAUGGGAAACUUUGUGUGGCAGCAUGUGUCUCUUUGAUGUUUUGUUACUUUCAUUUCUGUAACAAUGUACUGAAGUCAUCGAUGUUUAGUGUUUGUCUUUUUUCAGAAAAAGCCUUGUGAAUACAUCUCCUGUAACCAAAACGAAUGUAGUGUGAAAACAAAAACUCGCAUGAGAGAAUUGUUUUGUACUGAGGCCGUUUCUAAUUUGUUUCCUAUCAUGAUUGAUCACUCUUUAAUGAGGAUGAAGAGGACUUGGAAUGCAGCGUGAUUGUGAUCUGCUUCCUAUUAAAAGGACGUUUAUGUCAGGAU